AUGGCCCCUAGUACCGCCCUGUGCACGCCGGCGUUCGUGCGCACCCGUCCUUACCAGCGCACACCCACCCUAUCCUAUGCCCCGCCCUGCACUCGUGUGCUCACCGUCGCCGCUUUGACAAUGCCUGGCCCACAUUCCGGAAGACUUACUCGGCCACACACAGGCUGCGGACGGCACUCGGUGAUCUCGACGUUCGCUGUCCAGGCCAUACAUCCGGAUGUCCGGUGCAUGGUCGCAUCGAGCGCAACGCUCCACUCGCCCUCGCCCUCGCCCUCACCUCAACUCCGGAUCGAGCGCAAGUGUUUGGUAGCCCAGCGGAUCCCAGACGACGACGAUAAGAAUAGCAUAGCGUCGAAUACAGGCCCGAAACCAACAGCUCGAACUUCCUUACCGGCUCACUGUCGCCCUCUCAGCGUGCCGUAUCCAUCAAGCCGUAUCUAA